ACAGAAAGACUGGGGAAAGUGGCAGAGGAUGCCCAGGUCUUUCCUGGUAAAGAAGCCCUGCAGCCACAGGAUUCCUAAUUAUGGACAACUGCUGGAGGCGCAAGCAGGAAUGGUGCUGUCUCUAUUUCAAAACGAGGACUCCUCUAUUCCACGACAAGAUAUUACAGACAAGUGGCAAACACAAGCUACAUCUCAGAUCCAAGGGGAAACAGUAAUUAUGGAUCACUUUAGUAAAACAAUACUUAACCCACAGGAAAUUAGUGACGAUUUGUUAAUAUCGCCAAAUGGAUUACCUCUCAAAGACAAAAUGAACAAUCUAAACAUGUCUCUCAGGAACAGAACACUGGAGGAAGGAUGCUCCCAGCCUGCGAACAAGGUCACAUGCAACUCCAAUGCUCAAGGAAUAUUAUCGUAUGUUCCUGAUUCUGUAGGACGCUUAGACUUUCCAAAACCAGACGGACUAUUCACUAGUAACAAAAUACGGAACUGUCGGUAUUUUAGUUGUCCACAUUGUUCUAAAGCAUACAGCAGCUUGGGUGCCCUAAAGAUGCACAUCCGUACUCAUACAUUGCCGUGUGCAUGCCGGAUAUGUGGCAAGGCUUUCUCUAGACCUUGGCUUCUACAAGGACACAUUCGAACACAUACAGGUGAGAAACCAUUUUCAUGCUAUCACUGUGGCCGUGGCUUUGCAGACCGUUCUAACCUGCGGGCUCACCUGCAGACACAUUCAAAAGUGAAGAGAUAUAGAUGUCCAGGUUGUGGCAAAACAUUCUCUCGCAUCUCCCUGCUCACUAAGCACCGAGAUGGCUGCUGCUGCCCCUUGUCCUGAUGAUUACUAUCCUACUGCCAUAGAAGAAGAAGCCAACUCAAUCAUCUCAUCACAACAAGACACUUUUCUACUGUAAGACAUUCUGUAGAACUGAAAGACUUCUUCUGGAGUAAUGUGAAGUGACUCACUGCCUGGUCUUUUGGACUUUAACAGGGACAAAUGGUUGGAGCUAUUUUCCUGCUACCAUAACUCGGCCUUAAUUUGGAGUAUAUUGCACAUA